UCUAGCGCUAGCUGGUAGCUGGUAAUGAGUGAUGGCGUCCGCUGCGAUGGAUACCACGUAAAUAAAAAAGCAACACGGACAUUACUGUGGGUGCGUGACUGCGUGUCGAUAACGAGGCCGUUUUUGGAGAAGUAGAUUUAAAACAGUGUGUCAUUAUGGCGACUGGGAGCAGCGGCGGCGGAUUGGCGUCAAACCACGACGGUCAGGAGGCAGCAUCCAACUCGGCUCAGUGCGGAGCACCAGCGGCGCUCUCCAAUGUGCCAGCCUCUGGUCCUACUCCGUCUGGCUCCCCGCCUGUCCUCGGCCUCCACCGGGAGCCAAUGUACAACUGGCAAGCGACAAAGAGCUCCCUGAAGGAGCGCUUCGCCUUCCUCUUCAACAACGAGCUGCUCAGCGACGUCAGGUUCAUAGUCGGAAAAGGCAGACAGGCCCAGAGGAUACCGGCCCACAAGUUCGUCCUGGCCGCUGGCAGUGCCGUUUUUGAUGCCAUGUUCAACGGAGGGAUGGCCACGACUUCUGCUGAAAUCGAGCUGCCUGAUGUGGAGCCGGCCGCCUUCCUCGCGUUGCUCAGGUUCCUCUAUUCUGACGAGGUCCACAUUGGCCCGGAGACUGUGAUGACGACUCUGUAUACAGCUAAGAAGUAUGCGGUUCCUGCUCUGGAGGGUCACUGCGUGGAGUUCCUCACCAAACACCUCAGAGCUGACAACGCAUUUAUGCUUCUCACUCAGGCAAGGUUAUUCGAUGAACCCCAGCUUGCCAGCCUCUGCUUGGACACCAUCGACAAAAGCACUGCAGAUGCAAUAAAUGCAGAGGGAUUUACAGAUAUUGACCUCGACACCUUAUGUGCAGUGCUAGAAAGAGACACACUAAGCAUCAGGGAGAACCGUCUGUUUGGAGCGGUGGUCCGCUGGGCGGAAGCCGAAUGUUACAGACAACAGCUUCCUCUAACUGCGGAGAACAAACAGAAGGUUCUGGGGAAAGCCCUCCCGCUCAUCCGCUUCCCGCUCAUGACUGUUGAGGAGUUUGCUGCCGGGCCUGCCCAGUCUGGAAUAUUGUUCGAUCGGGAGGUGGUAAAUCUGUUUUUACACUUUACAGUAAACCCCAAACCACGGGUCGACUACAUUGACAGGCCUCGCUGCUGCCUCAGGGGGGAGGAGUGCAGCAUUAAUAGAUUCCAGCAGGUUGAGAGUCGAUGGGGGUACAGUGGUACCAGCGACAGGAUCAGAUUCAAUGUUAAUAGAAGAAUAUCCAUAGUGGGGUUUGGCUUGUAUGGUUCCAUACAUGGACCCACUGACUAUCAGGUCAACAUACAGAUCAUGGAGAGCGACAAGCGCAUCACACUGGGACAGAACGAGACGGGUUUCAGCUGUGAUGGCACAGCAAACACGUUCCGAGUGAUGUUCAAAGAACCCGUGGAAAUCCUACCCAAUGUCAGCUACACUGCAUGUGCCACCUUAAAGGGCCCUGACUCGCAUUACGGCACUAAAGGGUUCAAGAAAGUGACCCAGGAAUCAUCAACGGGGACCAAGACAACAUUUUUAUUUUUUAGUUCACCUGGAAAUAACAACGGCACAUCCGUGGAGGACGGGCAGAUACCAGAAAUCAUCUACUACACCUGAUCUUACCACAGUGUCAUUCAGGUACACUGAAACAAGGAGACCUCGGAUUGCUGGGAAGACUGGAUUGUACUUAGUGCCUCAUUAGCCCAUGGAAUAAUGAGUGUGUGUGAGUGUGUAUACGUGUGUGUAUGUGUGCUGUAUGAGAGUAUUUGUCUGUACAAUAUUGGUGUACAAACAUGAUCAGGAAUGUGGAAACAGCCGGAGCUGUGGGAAGAUCGCAGCUCUGUUGUCAAAAAAAAAAAAAAAAAGAAGCUUUUUGG